AUGCAGCCGAAAAAGAAAAUCGAUGAAUGCCCAUGGAGAAAAAAAUCAUGCUUUUUCACUCUGCCAUAUUGGGAAUAUCUUUCAUCUCGCCAUCAUUUGGACCCUAUGCACAUAGAGAAAAAUAUAACUGAUAGUGUGAUUGGAACUUUGUUGGAUAUGCCUGGAAAAACAAAGGACCAUUAUAGGGCUCGUUUAGACAUGAAAGAAAUGGGAAUACGAUCAUCAUUACAUCAUGUGGAGUCUGAUAACAACAAACGUCGCUUUUUGCCUAAGGCUUGUUUCUCAAUGACUAAAAAGGAGAAAACAGUGUUUUGUGAAGUUUUAGAGAAAGCAAAGCUACCACAAGGUUGUGCAUCUAAUAUUGGACGAUGUGUGCAAAUGAAAGAAUUGAAAAUAUCAGGCUACAAAAGCCAUGAUGCACAUAUUAUAAUGCAAUAUUUACUUCAAGUUGCAGUCAGGAAAACUUUACCCAAGGAUGUAGCUCUUGCUUUGAUAAGAUUAGGUGCAUUUUUCAGAGCUAUUUGCAGUAAAGUUAUCAAUCCACAAGAUUUGGAUCAUUGGCAGAGUGAAAUAGUUGAAAUCCUUUGUACAUUUGAAAGGAUAUUUCCACCUUCAUUUUUUGAUAUCCUGCCACAUUUGCCUAUCCAUUUAGUGGACGAAGUUCGGUCAAGUGGUCCGGUAAGUAGUUGGUGGAUGUUCUUCAUUGAGAGGUAUCUUGGCAAGCUGAAGUCAUACGUUCGAAAUCGCAGUCGUCCAGAGGGUUCUAUUGCUGAAGGAUAUUUAGCGGAGGAGUGUCUGGUGUUCUGCUCGCGGUACUUAAAUGAUGGAGAAAAAAAACAAUCGAGAAGCAUUAGUUCAAGCAACAGGAAAGUUGUUUCGAAUGUUGAAAAAUCUCCUAUAUUUUGUCAAAAUGGUUAUCCACUUGGGCGUAGAAAGAAGCAAAGGAAGGGAAAGUAUAUCGUCUAG